CGACGACGCAAAAAAAAGUCGAAGUCGUGAGCGCAUUCCGUGCAUGUGAACGCAUACGCUUUAGCAUCCACAAAACAGCCUUCAUACUGCACUUGCUGAGGAGGACAACGGCAACGACAGUAACAGGGGUGCGGCCAUCCCAUAUUUGGAAGGUGACGCAACAACCUCGGAGGAAGUCGGGAGGCUUUCCCCGCUCAGUGGGACUCACGCUGACGCCCCCUCAGUACACACACAAUGAAUCGGAGAGUCGAGGGCGUUAGACGCCUUGCCAAGUGCAGUGUGAAAGAGACCACGACUUAAUUUCAGUAUCCAUGCGUUACAUUCUAUGGGAACGACGACCUCCCCAACAUGGCCGCCACGUAAGGCACGUCGGUUAGCCGGGCUGCUACAGCGUAGUGGCAUAGCUAUUGUUCGUAUCUAUUAACGUUCCUAUCUGUCAAGAACAUGCGUGUAAAUCAAAAUCAUAGAGAUAUAUAACCAUGUUAUAGAAGAUAUCAAUUUUCCUAAUAACGCCGUGCUGGCGCACCUCGACUUUGUAUCUAUGGGAAUUCCUAAUGACGCGCCUGUUAAGCGCAAUAAUGACGACUUUAAGGAGCGACAGUUGUGGUUGGCAGGGGCGUGUCGCGUAAGUGACGCUUAAGUUGGCGCGGGGAGCCGUGGCGAGCUGUCACAAAUCAAACUCCUUUAACGGACCAUUUUCUGAACGCUCAAACGUGGCGCUGCAACCAAAAGCCUCAAACGAGCCACUAGAUGGCAAAUGACAAGUAAACGAUCAAUCCCAGACUGCGUUUAUCGAUUGGAGCGUGUCCUGCGUCGCCUGAGACGAUGUCCAAUGGCAAGAUCAUCGCCCGCACUCCUCUGGCCGUUGACUUCUGGCAUGUUCGCAGAAGUCCAGAGAGCAGACUCUUCUUCCUGUCGCACAUGCACAGCGACCACACGGUGGGCCUGACGUCCACAUGGGCGAACCGACCCAUCUACUGCUCCCCGGUCACCGCCUCGCUGCUCCACGUCAGGCUGCAGGUGAAGGAGAAGUGGAUCCACCCUUUGGAGCUGGGCGAGUCAUACCUCCUCCCUCUGGACGAUAUUGGCAAGGAAAACAUGACGGUCACACUGAUUGACGCCAACCACUGCCCAGGCGCCGUCAUGUUCCUCUUUGAGGGCUACUUUGGCACCAUACUAUAUACUGGCGACUUCAGAUAUUCCCCGUCAAUGCUGCGCGAGCUGUGCCUGGCGACCAGUGCCACCAUCGAUGUCCUGUACUUGGACAACACCAACUGUGACCCCAACCGCAGUAUCCCCUCAAGAAAGCAAGCUACUCAGCAGAUCAAGGAAAUCCUCCGGAGCCACCCGGACCAUAACGCUGUCUUAGGUCUGUAUGCCCUGGGCAAGGAGUCUCUAUUGGUGGAGCUAGCUAUGGAGUUUCAAACCUGGAUCGAGGUGAGCUUUGACAGAAUGGAGACCCUCCGAUUGCUCGGGCUGCCCGACGUCUUCACCACCGAGCCGGGCGCCGGUCGUAUCCGUGUUGUGGAACAAAGAGAGAUCACCUUCGCCGCCCUGUGCCAGUGGAAUAGUGAACAACCCACGUUGGCCAUUUAUCCUACCAGCAGGCCCAUCCCCCUCUUCCACCCCAAAGUCUAUGUGGUGCCCUACUCAGACCACUCAUCUUAUCAAGAGCUGGGGGACUUUGUGUCUGGACUCAAACCUUCCUCCCUGGUGCCGAUUGUUGGUAACGGUAUCCCGGGAAGCCUCUCCACCUUAUCACCGAGCAAAAGGCACGAAUUCCUGUUGCCAGAGUCGGUGCAACAGUACAUGAGGAGGCUGCCGGAAAACUGGCACAAAUCAUCUACCAACCUUCAGCGCCAACAUUUCCGACCGUUUGUGCCUAAAGGAGUGGUGUUUGACUCUCCUGGGAGUUCAAGCAAGAAGCCCAGGGAGUGUCUGGGUCAGGGUUCUUCUUCUGAGGAGGAGGAAGAGGAAGAGGAAGAGGAGAUGGACACAGAGAGUGUUGAUUGCAUUCUCGUCGAAUCCAGUAAGAAGGUCACCCCCUACAAAAGCCGCAGAGACUCCCUGGACACGUGGAGGGUCAACUUCGUGCACACUGUCCCGGAGGAGAUGUUGACGGCGCAGUCGGUGCCGUUCAGUCAACUCAGCCAGAGCAACUUCGGCCCCGUGGAGAUCCUGCGGAACGCAGACGUUUGCCUAAGGCCGUGGCGGUGUACCAUCGAAGAGGCGGAGGAGGACAACGACGACUUGAGCGUUUCUGACAGUGACUCUUUACUCCUCUAUAGUUUCCACGAUUCUGACAAUUUGUCGGGUUCGUUGCAGUGUUCUGAGGCUCACAUAGAACAGCUUGAAAACAACAUCUUGAAGCGUCUGGUUUUCUCAGCGGAGGACUUGAAGCCGUGCUGCCUCCUGAAGGAGAGGGCUGCGCAAAUGGUUGCUCUCUGUCCUGUACGCAAGCCAAACAUGGCCUAAACGUAUCAUAGCUGUUAACCCUAGUGCACUUUUUCCCCAACCUUUACUGAGCCAAGGUACACGUUUUACAUCGUAAAAAUCCCACAUGGCACACCAACAAACAAACAUGUCACAAAAGGUAUCUAUGAAAGAAAAACUCACAAUGAUCACUAAAAUAAAGUAAUAAUAAAUAAAAAUGAUGCAAAUGAAAAUCAGACAUAGUUUUCUUUCUGACGUGGACAAAAAGGAUGGUACCCUUAACUUAUUCACUUGUACAACCUUUUUAGGGAUUGAUUGCAAUCAAAUUAUUUCUGUAAUUCUCAUAGACUUUUAGCAUGUUUCGGCAGGUAUUUUAUUCUUAUUUUGCCCACUAUUCCUGAGCAAAGUGCUCCAACCUUCUCAGGUUUGAAAGGUGCCUUCUCCAAACAGAAUGUUUGCGCUUCUUUCACAGAUAUCCAAUAGUAUUUAUUUACAUACCAUAACUUGAGAAUAGUCGGAUGUUUUGCUCUUACCUAUUCUUAUUUCUUUAUUUUUAUGUGCGUGCAUGUGUUUCUUCAUCCUGUUGGAAGGCAUGAUCUUCAACUGUGACCAAACUCUCUGACAAUGGGCAGCACGGUUUGCUUCAGAAUGCCUUGAUAGUCUUGAGAUUUGUUUGCACCCAGCACAGGUUGAAGACACUCUUUUGUCGGAUUUAACAAAGCAGCCCUAGAACAUAUAUGAGUUCAUAGAUCUGCUUGAUUAUGUGUGAGACCAUUAGAUCAAAAACAAUCUAAUAUUGUACACAUUUCAUUACACUCACACAACCUUUUCAUAACCAGUCCUCCAAAAAAAAUCAAACUUUGAUGCCAUGUUUGAUGGCGUACGUUUAAAAAAAAAAAAAAAAAAAAAAACCCUGAAAAACGGCCUCUUUGGAGUCUUGUUUUUGUUAAGACCUUUCCUUUUCCAUCUGGGCGAGAUAAUCUAGAAGUACUUGAAGGAUAUGUCGUGCAAAUCCUGAAAAUGCUGAAGAAAGGUGCCUGGAUGCUGAUGAAGUAUACAGAUUAUGUAAAGCCGCUCGAGAGUUUACGCAAGAGACUAAAUGUAAUUUUGAAAAACGUCCAACUUUUUAAAAAAAAGUGCUAAACAGUAUAUAUAAACAAACAUGCAUCAAGAGUACAGUGGUACAAAACAGUGGCAAUGUGAACAUGAAAAUUGGCCUAAAAAAAUGUAAGACUAACAUUACUCUCCAUAGGAGGAAAAAAAAAAAACAACAACCUGUAAACACCAAAAAUAAAAUACAGAAACUUGUGAGGGGAUGAAACUGAAAAAUAAAGAAAAGACAGCAAGGUAGAGACUCGCGUUGUCAAUACUCGCUAUCACGUGAUGACAUCGUUUAGGAAAAGUGGAAUCGAAUUCGUUUGAACCAGGGCUAUACUUUCCUAUGUUCCAAAGGAAGCACCUUUUAUCUCUCCUUGAUCCCAAGACGUGGACCACAAAGGUUAAGGAAAGUGGGCAUAAACGUUAGCAGAUUUGACUUUCCCAUGAUGGGCCAAAUCUUCGUAGUUUAGCCAGUCUGUCUAGUAAUCCUACUUCCGAUUGGGGCUCAUUUGGGUCAAUUCCCUGCUUCGAGUUCGUCAAAGUACAAGCCAAGAAAUGUACCCCAAAAUGGCCGAUUCAAACAAAUUGGCUGCUUUCCUGUUCAAUUCCAGGAGUGGCUCCUUGAAAUAUUUGGGUGCGUCCUGUCAUGAUAGAUGUGCUCAACU